ACAUCAGGUUGGCUCUGAGGAAGCCUUUAAUACCUUCUCCGCCCCCGUCUUGAAGCGUCAGAGCACCAGCUCUCCAGGGGCCAGUACGCGCGGCGCGCUCCUCUCUUUCCAAACAAACUUUACGCACGGACAUGUUCCCGUGGAUUCCGCUGCAUUCCGCUGAGCUGCCGUGUUCCACAGAUCUUUGAAGCCGACUGGAAUCAGUCCCGCACGUGCUUGACUUGUUCUGAACACUUUUGUCACUUUUCCCUUCUUGGUGUGACUCGCCUCCUUCCAGCAGGCAGAUGCAGUAAAUGUGAAAAAUGAACGGUGUGUUCCUGAAGUGCCUCGUCCUGGCGCUGUGCGUCAGCGCGCACAGGUUCUUGGCAGCACAGGCGCAACAGGAUGACGGAUCCGGGGAGAGUGCCUCGACCCUGGCUUUUGUGUUCGACGUUACCGGCUCCAUGUACGACGAUCUGAAACAGGUGAUCGAUGGCGCCUCACGGAUCCUGGAGAAGACCCUCAGCCGGAGGACCAGACCUAUCAAAAACUUUGUUCUGGUCCCCUUCCACGACCCAGAUAUCGGCCCGGUAUCCAUCACCACUGACCCCAGAAAGUUCCAACAGGACCUACAAGAGUUGUUUGUUCAGGGUGGAGGUGACUGUCCUGAGAUGAGCAUUGGAGCCAUAAAAAAAGCUUUGGAGGUCUCUCUGCCUGGAUCCUUCAUCUACGUUUUUACUGACGCCAGGGCCAAAGACUACCGCCUCAAAAGAGACGUUCUGCAACUGGUGCAGCUCCGUCAGUCACAGGUGGUGUUUGUGCUGACUGGCGACUGCGGGGACCGCUCUCAGCCCGGAUACAGAGCCUACGAGGAGAUUGCCGCCACCUCCUCUGGACAGAUCUUUCACCUGGACAAGCAGCAGGUCAAUGAGGUUUUAAAAUGGGUAGAAGAAACAGUUCAGGCCAUGAAGGUUCACCUAUUGUCACUUAACCAUGACAAUGCCCAGGAGAACAAAUGGGAAGUGCCCUUUGACCCCAGCCUCAGAGAGGUCACUGUCUCACUCAGUGGUCCAGCUCCACAAAUCGAGCUCAGCGAUGCUUUUGGUCGUAUAGUUGGCGAGGAGCAGGGGCUUCAAGAGCUCUUGAACAUCCCCAACUCUGCUCGUGUUAUCAACCUGAAGUUUCCGAUACCCGGAGCCUGGAACCUUAAGGUGAGCUGCAGUGGUCGCCAUACCCUCAGAGUAACAGGUGUGAGCAGCUUAGACUUCCGGGCUGGGUUUUCAAGUGUACCUGUUUUGGAGUUCAACCACACCAGGGAGAGGCCGAUUAAAGGAAUUCCAGCCCAUGUUUUGUUAAAGUGUACAGGCCUGAAGCCUCCUGGUCAUCUUACCCACGUCGAGCUGAUGUCAGGUUCAGGCCGGUCCUUACGAAAUAUUCCUGUGCCUCUGCCCUCUGAUCUCGGCAAACAAGGACUGUGGAGUCUCCCGGAGUUCCGCACUCCUUCGCAGAGCUUCUUCAUCAAAGUGAUGGGCAAAGACGAGGAAGGCUACCGUUUCCAGAGACUGUCCAGUGUCUCCUACACCAACAUUGUUCCAGAUCCCCCGGCUGUGAGCACGGCUGUUGCAGUGAAGGGCUUUUACAUGCAGCCCGUUGUGAUUAGCUGCUCCGUGGAGAGUGAGAUUCCCUACAGAUUGAGAUUCACCAGAAGCGGGAUUCUGCUCGGAGAGGAAAAGAUCUUUCAGAAUUCUGCGAUAGCAUCAUGGGAGAUUUCCCACGCUUCGGCCGAAGACGAAGGCCUAUACGAGUGCAUCGCACAAAGCAGUGCAGGGCAGGGACGGGCCUUGACAGAGCUGACCAUUAAAGAGCCUCCUCCUCUCCUGAAGCCACCUGUGAAUGUGACGUCCUCUGUGGGGGGCAUGGCCCUGCUGUCCUGCCAGGUUGAAGGAUCCAUGCGGCACAACUUGACCUGGCAUCGAGGGGGUCGUACCAUUUUGGCUCACACGGGGAGGGUGAAGCUGCUCUCGGACUCGCUCCUGCAGAUCAGCGGCGUGCAGAGUCAAGACGCAGGGGAGUACCACUGUGUAGCCAAGAACGCCCACGGACACAGCAGGAUCAGCGUGUGGCUUCUUGUUCCAGAGGCUCCUGCUGUGGUAGUUCGCCCACAGAGCAAAGCUUUCUCCCGAAGGGAUGACAUCCGCCUCGUCUGCUCAGCGUCCGGUUCCCCUCCUCCUCAGCUCUUCUGGAGCCAUGGAAACACGUUCCUCACUAAUCGUCCGAGAUUUAGUGUAAACAAGGAUGGAGUUCUGACCAUUCGGGGGGCCCUCCCAGAGGAUGCUGGGAACUACACAUGCGUGGCAAGGAAUGAGGCUGGAAUGGCCUCCCAGUCUGUGUCACUCACUUAUGCAGAGGCACCAAGAAUCACAAUAGUACAGCAGGUUGUUCUUGUAGCUGUGGGAGGUGAUGCUACUCUGGAAUGCCAAGCCACAGGCAUCCCCCCUCCCUUGGUUCAGUGGUACAAAGGUGAUCUUGAGGUGGGCUCUGCUCCUUUUGUUGAACAGGAUGUACACCGUGGUAUUCUGCACAUUCGAGGGGUCCAGGAGAUCGAUUCUGGACAGUACACCUGUGUGGCCAGCAGCUCUGCUGGAUCCUCCUCUGGCUCUGUCAACCUGGAGAUUGGAGCAGGCCCAUUGUUCUCUGAGGCACCAGGAAGCGUGACGGCAAAUGUUGGGGAGAAUAUCACACUGCCCUGUGCUGCCCAAGGUUUUCCACCUCCAUCAGUGACCUGGUACAGUCAGGAUGGAAGACAGAUUCUUCCAAAGACAAGAAGCCACAGCAGAAUAAUGCAACUGGAGAACGGACAUCUUGAAAUCCUCAGUGUCUGGUUGGAUGAUGAAGGACUAUACAUCUGUGAGGCGACAAAUCAGUUUGGAACCAUCAAAACGGAGGCCAGAGUUAGUGUUACUGGACUGGAGCCUCCUCUCUUGGCACAAGGUGCCCAAGUCAUCACCACUGGAAUUGGUCAGUCACUCAGUAUUCCUUGCAUGCUGUUGGAUGGAAUACCUCUUCCCGAAAGACACUGGUCCCGGAAUGGAAAUCCUGUUCAUCUGAAUGAGAGAAUGUUCCUGAGGAGUGAUGGCAGCCUUUAUAUUGAAAGAGCAGCCCCAGAGGAUGCUGGGAAGUACAUUUGCACCGCAGUGAAUGUCGCAGGAUCCGUGAACAUCUCUGUUAGCCUGGAGGUUCAUGUGCCCCCUGAGAUCAAUGCUGGUCCAUACCACUACAUAGCCAACGAGGGCGUAGAGAUCACACUAUCAUGUGAGGCCAGCGGAGUUCCUGAGCCAACUGUUGUCUGGUCCAAGGGGAGGAAGGCAUUGCCAGUGGACCGUCACUCUCUCCAGUCUGGCCCCAGUGGACACCUUCACAUCAUCCACCCCACCGCUGAGGAUGCAGGAAUCUAUGUAUGCACUGCAACCAGUCCUGUGGGCUAUGCCAGUCGAGAGAUCCAGCUCAGCAUCAACACAAUGCCGAAGAUAAUGGGUGUGAGUGGUCAUGACAACACAGUGCAGAUGGCUGCUGAGGUGGGGACAGAGGUUGUCCUACCUUGUGAGGCUCAAGGAAAUCCUUCUCCUCUUGUGAAAUGGAGCCGAAAUGGGCAUCCAAUCCCCCCUAUCACAGCUGGGUUCACCAUUUUGCCUUCAGGCUCUCUGAGGAUCACCGAUGUUCGUCUGCUUGAUAGUAAAUUGUACACUUGCACCGCAGAGAAUCCAGCAGGCAAUGCGUCCCUAAGCUACGAUUUACACGUUCAAGCUAAGCCACGGAUCCAGCCUGCUCCUUCCCUCCUAAAGGCUCUGAAAGGUCAAACAGUGACUCUGCCCUGUGUGGUCCAGGGGGAACCAAGCCCUAAAGUCAUCUGGUUUCACAAUGGACAUCCUGUUGGAGACAGGAACUCCACGGCCCUCAGGAUCCAGCAGGUCAACUUGUCCGACCAGGGGCACCUACCGGGUGUGGCUAAGAACAGCGCUGGACAGGAAUCCUUGGAGAUCAAACUGGAAAUUCUUGAAGCGCCUUUCUUUGCUGAGUCUGGAGACGCCAUCGUGGAGAAAGUAGCAAACAGCAAGGUCGUCAUUCCUUGUCCCGCUGAAGGUUCGCCUCCUCCCAAAGUGCGCUGGUUCAAGAAUGGCCUGGAGAUGUAUCCGGAGCAGUCCCAGUUUUCUGUAGCGAAUGGGGGAUCGCUUGUGAUUAGUGCUGCAUCAGCAGGCCACAGUGGUGACUUCAAGUGUGUGGCCACCAAUGAAGCAGGAUCUGUUGAGAGAAAGACCAGGCUGAAAGUCAACAUUCCUCCAGAGAUCCAAGAUGAUGGCCAGCCUGAGAACCUGACCGUCACCUUGAAGCAGCCUCUCACGCUCGGCUGUGAUGCCUUUGGCAUUCCCUCUCCAUCAAUCACCUGGACGAAAGACAGACAUCCUGUGGAGACUCCUGGAAUAUACAUGCAGAAUGGUCAAAGGCUUCUCAGGAUCUACAGAGUACAGCCAGAACACGCAGGACUGUUUACCUGCACGGCUCAGAACUCAGCCGGAGAGGCUCGGAGACAUUAUCACGUAGUGGUGCAAGCUCCACCUGUGAUCUCAGGAACAACCCGGCUACAGGAGGUAACGGUGGUUCUGGGAGAGGAGGUGGACUUCCAGUGUCGGGUCAGCGGGCGACCAGCACCCAGAGUGGAAUGGAGCCGUGACGGAGAGGUUCUGUCCCCCGAUGGAGACCCACAUGUGGAGUUUCUGGAAGAUGGUCAAGUGUUAAAGGUGAAGACAAUCAGACUGAGAGAUCAGGGGCUUUACCAAUGCCUGGCUAGAAACAAUGCCGGAACUCAGACUCGACACUUCAGACUCAUUGUGCAAGCCCCGCCCACCAUCAGGGGCCCCAGUGGGACCUCGGAGGUGUCUGUUGUCCUUGGAUUCCCUACAGUCCUGCCUUGUGAUAUUGAUGGCUCUCCAGCACCCAGUAUCACCUGGCUGAAGGACAAUCAGCCCAUUGUAUCAAGUCCCGAGAUGACGUACACUCGUGGUGGGCAAGCUUUACGACUAGGGUCAGCCCAGGGAGACAGCACCGGCCUUUAUACAUGCCGGGCCACUAAUCCGGCCGGUACCGUCCUCAAACACUACUCUCUCAGUGUCCUCGUCCCUCCACAGAUAGAAGGUGACUCUUCAUUCCUGUCAUCUGGUCAUUAUGAAGAGAAAGUACGCAUCAAUGGGACUUUAACCAUUUCCUGCUUGGCCAAAGGGUUCCCUGAGCCCAAGAUUCAGUGGUUCAAAGACGGACAGUUGCUGACUGGAAAGACCCACACUGGUAUUCAGGAUAGUGGUCACCUCCUCUACAUAGAGAAUGCCAUGCUGUCACAUGAGGGGCAGUACACCUGUGUGGUCACCAACUCUGCAGGAGAAGACAAGAGAGAUUUUCAUGUCAGCAUUCAGAUUCCUCCCGUCUUCCACCGGGCGACUAACAGAGAAGCAGCCUGGAGUCUAAAUGAGGAGGAUAAUGACGAUGAUGACAAUGAGGACAUGACUCAAAAGAGAGAGGUUGUCCUCGGCCACCCUAUCAGCCUUUCCUGUGAGAGUAACGCCAUCCCGCCGCCCACCCUGAGCUGGUACAAAGAGGGACAGAAGCUCAGUGCUGCCGAUGGAGUGGUUCUACAUCCAGGUGGACAAGUGCUACAAAUCCCUCGGGUACGGAAAGAAGAUGCUGGAAAGUUUACAUGUGAGGCAGUGAAUGAAGCAGGACAAGACCACAUGCACUUUGAACUGGAGGUUCUGGUCCCUCCUCUGAUUACUGGGCCUUCAGUGGAGUUUAUGGAGGAAAUGGGAGCAGUGGUCAACAGCACAGUGAUCCUCCACUGUGUUGCGACUGGACACCCGGCGCCAGUCAUCUCCUGGAUGAGGGAUGAGCAGCCGGUGCACACAGACGCACAACACCACAUCAGCGAGGAUGGAACUCAGCUCCAGAUCGUGAGCGUGCAGGUCUCAGACAUGGCUGCCUACCUGUGUGUAGCUGAGAACAAGGUGGGGACUGUGGAGAAACUCUUCAGUUUGAAAGUGCAAGUGCCUCCAAGCAUCAUUGGCCAAAAGGAGGAGGAUGUCCGUGUAAUUGAAGGCCACAUGGUAUCAUUGGUGUGUGACGUCCAGGCAUACCCUGCUCCUGAGAUCACCUGGACCAGAGAUGGUCAACUCCUCAAGUUCAGCACCAGUCUCCAUAUUCUGCCAGGUGGCCAUAUGCUGCAGUUGCCACGAGCUACGGUGGACGAUGCAGGACAGUAUGUGUGCACAGCCACUAACUCAGCUGGUCAGGAUCAGAAGAGCAUUCUUCUCAGUGUUUAUGUCCCGCCCACGCUGAAACCCCGACUCAUCCCCGAGUCAGACCUGUUGACCCCUCAGGUCGGCUCCACCGUCAGUCUGCGGUGUGAGGCCCACGGAGUUCCUGAGCCCGAUGUCACAUGGUACAAGAAUGGACUGCAGCUGGUUCCAGGGAAUGGACUGAAGAUGACUCAUCACCAGUUGGAGAUCACAGGAGUUCAGACAGCAGAUGGUGGGACCUACACCUGCAAAGUUUCCAACCUGGCUGGACAGGUGGAUCGGACAUUCCGGUUGAUCAUUCACGUACUACCUGUUGUGGAAGGGCCUUCCCAGGAGUUCUUAAAUCACACUCUAGGAUCCCACGUGACCCUUCUGUGUGAGACCUCUGGAGUCCCUGUGCCCAGCAUCACUUGGCUAAAAGAUGGAACCCCUAUUGAGAGCAGCCUUCAGUGGCAAUGGUCCAUCCGGGGUACCAGGCUGGAUCUGGGGCCUCUGACUCUGUCCCAUGCUGGUACAUACACCUGCGUGGCCAAGAACAAUGAGGGACAAACACAGAAAGAUUACACACUUUCAGUGCAAGUGCCCCCUACCAUCCUGGAUGCCGAACACUCCUCUGAUCUAAGUGCACUCAUCGGAGAUGAGAUCAUCCUUGAGUGCCGGGCAACCGGAGUUCCCCAACCUCGUCUGAGCUGGCUAAAAGAUGGAGUGACUUUAGAGGGCUCAGACGUGAAUAACAUUGACAUCACCCCAGAUGGCAGCACCCUGACCUUGCUCAGACUGAGUCCAAGGGAUUCUGGGACAUACACCUGUUUGGCUGUCAGCCCGGCGGGCCAGGAGAGCAAGAUCUACUCUCUCUUUGUACUUGCCCCACCAUCCAUUUCUGGUGAGACCACUGUCCCAAGAGAGGUGCAGACCAUGGAGGACAGCUCUUUGACUCUGGAGUGCCAGGCAACGGGAAGCCCUCCACCCCAGAUCAGCUGGCUGAAGAAUGGGCAUCCUCUGCACCUCUCCUCACGGAAACGCCUCCUCUCUGGUGACUCUGUGCUGUGGAUUUCUCCUGUGCAGCUGUCUGAUGCCGGGGUUUACACAUGUGUGGCACGCAGUCGAGCUGGACUAGCUGAGCUCAACUACGACGUCCAGGUCCAAGUGCCCCCUGCUGUGGAUCACAUUGAACUAGUGGAGCCAGUCACCGUAGUUCAGGGGUCGUUGGUGACACUGACUUGCGAGGCUCGUGGUGUUCCGCCUCCUGCACUGACAUGGAUGAAGGACGGUCAGCCGCUGUCUCUUCAUCGCAACCUGCUUCUGGAAGGACAAGAGACGCGGUUACAACUUCCUGAUGUGGCGCCUUCAGACGCAGGCCUCUACAGCUGCGUGGCGAGUAACCAGGCUGGAAGCAGCACCAAGAGCUUCAACCUCACUGUACUCGAGCCACCGAAGAUAUCCAGCUGGAGCUCACCAGAAGAGCUCAUCCUAGCUGUUAACAGCCCACUGGAGCUGAAGUGUUCUGCUGUGGGAACCCCACCUCCCACCCUCAGCUGGCUCAAGGAUGGCCGUCCCUUAGAGGAUUCUGACAUUGUUCAAGAGGAUGGACACUUUGUCAGAAUUAGUAAGGUUCAGGUCCAUGAUGCAGGUCUUUAUACCUGCUUGGCCAGCAGCCCAGCAGGAGAGGAUGGAAAAAACUACUGGGUCCGAGUCCAAGUCCCCCCAACCCUCCUCAGCUCAGGUGAUGUGAGGAUAGUGACGGUGCCAGUAACUGGACAUCUGACAUUGGAAUGUCUGGCUGAUAGUGACCCUCCUCCUGAUAUAGAGUGGUACAAAGAUGAGGUCAAACUACAGCUGAGUGGUCGUAUCCAACGCCUGGCAGGAGGUCAAUACCUGGAGGUUCAGGAAGUCAAGCCCGAGGAUAGCGGUCAAUACAGCUGUGUGGUCACCAACAUGGCUGGAAGUACCAGUCUGGGUUUCACUGUGGAGAUUCUUUUGCCACCUGUGAUAAAGGAGACCAGCUCAGUGGUGACAGCACGCGUUGGCCAGGAUGCAGUUUUAUCUUGUGAAGUUGAAGAUGAACCAUCUCCUACGGUCUUGUGGAGGAAAGAUGGUUUCCCCGUGACUCAGGAUAACAAUAAGUACACUGCUUUAUCAAAGGGGUCAUUGCAAGUACAUAAUGUUCAGUUGAGAGACGCUGGUCGAUACUACUGCACUGCAUCCAACCAGGCUGGCUCUGAUCACCGCGGAAUGGAUCUUCGAGUGUUUGUGGGCCCUACAAUUAGUCCAGGUCCAUUCAAUGUGACAGUAACUAUGGGGGUUAGAGCUGUGCUAAGCUGCGAGACCACAGGUAUACCGCCACCCAAAGUAUCUUGGAAAAGAAAUGGGACUCCACUUCAUAUCACCCAGCAGUCUGGUGCAUACAGGUUAUUGUCUUCUGGGUCUCUGGUCCUUUUGUCACCGUCCACUGAGGAUGAAGGAUAUUUUGAAUGUACUGCUGUAAAUGAUGUUGGAGAAGAGCGCCGGGUGAUUGAAGUCAUUAUGCAGGUUCCACCGUCUAUUGAAGACGAUGUCACCACAGUCACGGCUGUGAAAAUGUCUUCUGUAGCAUUGCCUUGUCGUGUACAAGGACUGCCACGGCCCAUUGUCACUUGGACAAAGGGGGGAAACAAAGUGGGCUUGAGAGGUGGAAGCUACCGUGUCCUUCCCACUGGGUUAUUGGAGAUAAAAGCUGUUCUUCCAAGUCACGCUGGCAGGUACACUUGUUCAGCCCGCAACCCAGCUGGAGUGGCUCAUAAACAUGUCUCUCUCACAGUGCACGUGCCCCCAGAGAUUACACCAAUGGCAGAAGAAGUGCAAGUGUUGUUACAUCAUAGGACUGUUCUACCCUGUGAAGUUCGAGGCUUCCCGAAACCAUCGAUCACCUGGCAAAGAGAGGGAGUUCCUAUAGCAACAGGUCACAGGUUGGCUGUGCUCUCAAAUGGAGCAUUAGUGUUUUCUCGUGUCACGCUUGGUGAUGCAGGUACCUACCAGUGUCUGGCACAGAAUGAAGCUGGCGUAUCUGUGGGCAGGACUAAACUUGUCCUUCAAGUUCCACCGGUGUUAAGUGUGCCUCGUAUGGAGUACACCGCUGUGCUAAACCAGCCAGUUAGUCUGGAGUGCACAGCUGAUGGGCAGCCCCAACCGGAGGUUACUUGGCAACGGGAGAGGAGGCCUGUGGUUGAAGGUGCUCAUGUGCGUAUCUUUGCCAAUGGAACUCUGUCAAUUACAUCUACGCAACGCAGUGAUGGAGGGCUGUACACAUGUACUGCCAAAAAUAUUGCCGGCAGAGCCAGCCACGACAUAAGACUGAUAAUCCAAGUCCCACCCAUCAUUCCUGCUGGACAAAGAGAGCUGUCAGUGAUCCAAGGGUUUCAGGCACUGCUGCCCUGUGUCGUCCAGGGUUCACCAAACCCCAUGAUAUCAUGGGAGAAGGAUGGAGUAGUUGUGCCCAGCCUUCCUGGCAAAUUCACAGUACUGCGAUCAGGGGAGCUGAUUAUUGAGCGGGCUGAGCCAGGGGAUGCUGGUGUGUUCACGUGUGUGGCCACUAAUGCAGCAGGUUCCGCAAGACAAGACAUCCGUCUGUCCAUCAACAUGAGACCGGCCUUUAAGGAGCUGCCAGGUGAUGCAACCCUGAACAAAGGACAGACUUUGGUUUUGUCCUGCCAUGCUCAAGGGACACCUGCUCCUGUCAUCUCCUGGACUGUCAACAACAGCCCCUACACAGGUACCACCAUAGAUGAAGCAGGCAGAAGCUCUGUCAUCAUUGAGAAUGUGACACUGAGUGAUGCUGGGACAUACAUGUGUGUCGCAGAAAACAGUGUGGGCUCUGUCCGAGUGCUCUCAUUUGUUCGUGUCAGAGAGCCUCCUGUGCUGAAAGGUGAAGCCCACAUGUCUCAGACAGUCCUUCAGGGUGGCACUGUACUACUUGACUGUCCAGUCCAUGGAGACCCCAGUCCUGUCCUCCGCUGGCUUCACAAUGGAAAAUCACUUCUCCACUCCCACAGAAUGCAAACACUUCAUAAUGGUUCCUUAGUUAUAUACAGCUUCAGGGCUGAAGAUGGUGGCAAGUACCAGUGUGUGGCUGAGAGUGAAGCUGGGACCACAGAGAGGAUCAUUACUGUUAAAGUUCAGAUAAAUGGAGGUUACUCUAACUGGGAGGCCUGGGGUCCAUGUAGUAGAACCUGCGGACAAGGAUUCCAAGAACGAAUCAGAAUAUGCAACAACCCAGAACCAUCCAAUGGUGGGCGGCCAUGCAGUGAGCCCAGCACUGACUCCCGGACAUGUCAAGCAGGUCUCUGUCCAGGUGAAGCUCCUCGUAAGACAAGGGGCAGCCUAAUAGGCAUGGUGAAUGACAGGGAGUUUGGUGUUUCCAUUCUGGAGGCAAACAUUACAGACAACUUGGAAGAUGAGAGCAGCACCCUGCAAGCUCGCCUGGAUAACAUCCCCCCAACUGUAGGCCCUUUGCUGCGUGUCCUGGUGUCUGUGUUGGCCCCCAUCUACUGGACCACUGUGCUGCAGAGCGGAGAAACCAGGAAUGGCUACACCUUUACCCAGGGCCAGUUCAGACAGGAGUCCCAGCUGGAGUUUGAAACUGGGGAGAUCCUGCGUUUGACUCAUGUCGUCAGGGGUGUGGACUCUGAUGAAGUUUUAUUAAUUGACAUUGUGAUAAACGGUUUUGUCCCUCCUUCACUCUCCACUUCUCAUCUGAGUUUGCAGGACUUUGAUGAGUCAUAUUUGCAGACGAGCCACGGGCAGCUGUACUCGUGGUCGUCUCAGACCCACCACAGAGGAGGAAAGCCCAUGGUGCUCCGCUGUAACCACACCAUUAUUUACGAGGGCCAGGGACUGCGCCAGGGGCCUCUGCUCCAACUCCUGAAAAUCUCAGGGAUGAACAGCAUCUACAGCAUAUUUACGCUCACUUUGGAUUUCCACGUCACUGCCAGCCUCCUCAUACCAGAUGGUUAUGGAGAGACGUGCCCUCAAGGGUUCAUUCUUGAUGAAGCCUCGUUCUGUGCAGAUGAAGAUGAAUGUGCACUCCAGUCUCCUUGCUCUCACUUGUGUAAUAACAUCAUGGGAGGAUUUUCCUGCGCCUGCCCCUCUGGCUUCACCAUAUCCACAGAGACAAACACAUGCCAAGAUAUUGAUGAGUGUGCCCAGGGUUCACACAUGUGCCACUACAACCAGCAGUGUGUAAACACAGUGGGAACGUAUCACUGCCAGGCCAAGUGUGGUGCAGGAUUUAAGCCCAGUGUCACAGGAACCAGCUGCGAAGAUGUGGAUGAGUGCCAGGAGUCUGCUCUCUCCCCGUGCCAACAUCAGUGUCUCAAUACUCUGGGCUCUUAUCGCUGUAUCUGCCACCCUGGGUACCAGCUGUCAGGACAUCGCUGCCUUGACAUCAAUGAGUGCUUGAAAAACGUGUGCCCGGCUCACCAGCAGUGUCGUAACACAGAGGGAGGAUACCAGUGUUUUGACAGCUGUCCAGCUGGCAUGACCACAGCAGAGAAUGGCGCCUGUAUUGAUAUUGAUGAGUGUCAGGAUGGGAGCCACAUGUGUCGGUACACUCAGAUCUGUCAGAACACAAUUGGAGGUUACGGCUGUGUCUGUCCCAGAGGUUACAGAUCCCAGGGCGUGGGUCUCCCGUGUCUGGAUAUCGAUGAAUGCCUGCAGACGCCAAACCCCUGUGCCUACCAGUGCCGCAAUGUGCCAGGCAGCUUCAGGUGCCUGUGUCCUCCUGGUACUACGCUGCUUGGAGAUGGACGCUCCUGUGCAGGGUUGGAAAGAAGACAUACCUUUAGGAAUGGGACCACCAGAGUCAGGGCAAGACUGCGCCCACAACUGGUGUCAUCUGUAGGUCGGCCAAUCCUUUCCCGCACUCAUGGAGUGUCACGCACCACCAGACAGAGUUGUCCUGCAGGAUACACCAGCAGAGAGGGCACAUGUGUUGAUGUGGACGAAUGUCUGCUCAGGAAGCCAUGCCAACACGAGUGCCGUAACACCAUCGGCAGUUUCCAGUGCCUUUGCCCCCCAGGUUACCAGCUCUUACCCAAUGGCAGAAUCUGUAAAGACAUCGAUGAGUGUGUAGUACAAGGCAUUCAAUGUGGAUACAAUCAGAUGUGUUUCAAUACACGAGGAGGGUACCAGUGCCUGGAUACACCUUGUCCUGCAUCCUAUCAAAGAGGAGGAAGCCCCGGGACAUGUUACAGGCCCUGUUCUCUGGACUGUGCCACUGGAGACUCUCCGCUGCUCCUCCAGUAUAAGCUCCUCACUCUGCCUUCUGGCAUUCCAGCCAAUCAUAAUGUGGUACGACUAUCGGCCUUCUCGGAAUCAGGGGUCCUGCAGGAACGUACAUCAUUUGCUAUACUUGAACAGGAAGAGCAGAUAGGUGUGAAUGGACAGGUGUUUGGCAUCAGAGACGAGGCAGGCAGAGGAAUCAUUUUUACCCUUCAGGUUCUGGACAGACCUGGACUAGUAAGACUCAAAGUCCAGGCAACAACCGUCUCGACGCAAGGCCGCAUUACCUACCGGAGCAUCUUCAUCAUUUACAUCUCCAUCUCAACAUACCCCUACUGAGCUCCUGUGCUGUGUCACGACUGUCUACACCCCUCAGUGGCCUCUGGAGCUCACAUGCCUUGCAAAUGCUGAGCUCAGUUCGAAUAUAAAGACUAAACAUGGAGAGGAUAUGUCAGGGAAUUUAAUUAAUGAGGAAUCCCAAUGUGUGUAUAGUGGGACAUGAAUAAAAAAGUCUAUUUUAAUAUUCAGUAGGUUUUGUUGAGUAUAUUCUCAAAUGCAGCCUCAGUGUUGAAGAAGUCUAAUCGGAUAAGCCAAUAUGAACAAAAUCUUUUUUCAGUUUGUUCUCUAUAUACCCAACUUGGUGAAACAUGCCGAGAGUGCAUUUUUAGAUAAACAUCAUGGACAUCAUGCAUCAUAAUAUGACAAUAUUAGGCUUUCAACUACUUUUUCAGUUGUUUCUGUUUAACUUUUUCUCAGAAAGAUUAAUUGUGCAAGAUACAUCUUUAAUUAAAAAAAAAAAGAUUUGGUGCUUUAGCUGCAAAUUCAUUGUCCUCUUGGAAUAGCCAAAUUUUGUUUUUGGAAGUAGUUUUUUUGAAUUCUGAAAUAAACUUCCUUCUUCAUUAUUCCAUUCACUUUAUGCAAUGCACCAGUUCCAUGGGCAGCAAAGCAGCCCCAGAGCAUGAUGCUGCCACUACUGGUACACUUUUUGGAGGAGCUGAAUGCCUCACUUUUAAGUUGGCAAACAAUUCAAUCUGUGUCUCGUAAGUAAGUCCCUUCGGCUGCUCCCUUGUUUUGCACUCAAGAUCACCACAGCAAAUCCAAGGUGAAUCUGCAUGUUGAAUUGGAACAGGUUUUUAUAUCAGAUACCCUUCCCAACACAACUCCAGGUUCUUGGUUCCAAACUCGUUCCGACAGUUUGUGCAUGUGGUCAUCUAAAAACUUCAGUCGAGUUUGUAUGUUGUACAACCAUUUUGCCCCAGUAAAACAACAGCGCAAAAAAAAAAAAAAAAAUAAAAAAAAAUAAUGAAAGCCAAAUAUUGCCAUGAUGUUCAUGUCUACGGUGUAUGUAUGUAAACCUAUGACCACAACUAUAUAUAGUAUUGUACAUGUAUUGAAUUUGUCAAGCAAUGAAAGUAUUUGCUUUCUUUUUGAAACUAUAAACCAAAAUCUUUCUACAAUUUAGUAAGAGUAUUUCUUAGUGUCAAAUGUUGAUUUUUUUUUUUUUGUAUUCUUACAUUGAAGUGUUUACAACCUACAUGCAGAUGCCUGACUAUUAUAGCUUUCUUUCAACAAAAAUGAUUAUUGUGUUGCCUAACAUUUGCUCCAUACCAGUUUUUGACACCGUUUUAAUUUAUUUAAGUCACCCAAACGAACCACAGUGUUUCAUCUAUUAAAAAUCCAUAGGCAAAGUAUUGAAAAACCCUUUAACAACCUUUUGUAACAGUGUCUCUACACUAUUUAUGUUGAGAUAAAUGUUUUUUUUUAUACUCUGGCAAAUAUUUUAUUUUGUAUAAAAGCUUAAAGGUGCUGUUAUGUACUUGAUUUAAUGUCAGUCUUCAACAAACUGAUGCAAAAUGACAAAUGUAUUAUGUGAAUCAAAAUUUAAUACUUCCAGUUGAAAUGAAAAGUUUGACUGUAGUCACA